UAUCUUAUUUAUUUUUUUUUAGUUUUUUCAUAACCAUUUAGAUGAUAUAGGAGAUGUCUCCUCGUAUGUUUAGAAUAGUUCUGUAUAAAUUCUUUUUUAACGAAUAGUUCCCUAUAAAUUCCACUAGCUUGGUAGCGGAGUGAACCAGUGAUAGAGCAGACGAAAGAAUCAUAGGAUUGGUUGGUUGAUUAGCUGCUAGCGCUACUAGCUUGGCGAUCGGCAAUGGGGGAAGAGGUUGCUGCCACCGCCGCCGCCGCCGCCGGCGGCAAGCCGCACGCGGUGGUGGUGACGUACCCGCUGCAGGGCCACGUGAACCCGGCGGUGCACCUGGCGCUGCAGCUGGCGGCGCGGGGGUUCGCCGUCACGUUCGUCAGCACGGAGUCCGUCCACGAGCAGACGGCGCGCGCGCUCGGCGUCGCCGAUCCGUCCGGCUACGACGUCUUCGCCGCGGCGCGCGCCGCCGCCGCGAAAGGGGGCGGCGGCGGCGAGACGGUGGCGGCCGCCAUGGACGUGCGGUACGAGGUGGUGAGCGACGGCCUCCCCGUGGGGUUCGACCGGUCGCUGAACCACGACGACUUCAUGGGGUCGCUGCUCCACGCGUUCGGCGCGCACGUCGAGGCGCUGCUCCGCCGCGUCGUCGUCGACGCGGCGGCGACGUUCCUCGUCGCUGACACCUUCUUCGUCUGGCCGGCGACGCUCUCCAAGAAGCUCGGGAUCCCCUACGUCUCCUUCUGGACCGAGCCGGCGCUCAUCUUCAACCUCUACUACCACAUCAACCUCCUCACCGAGCACGGUCACUUCCGUUGCAACGAGCCGAGGAAGGACACGAUCACGUACGUGCCGGGGGUGGAGGCGAUCGAGCCGGGGGAGCUGAUGUCGUACCUGCAGGACACGGACACGACCACGGUGGUGCACCGCAUCAUCUUCAGGGCGUUCGAGGAGGCCCGCGGCGCCGACUACGUGGUGUGCAACACGGUGGAGGAGCUGGAGCCGUCCACCAUCGCCGCGCUCCGCCGCGAGCGGCCGUUCUACGCCGUCGGCCCCAUCCUCCCCGCCGGCUUCGCCCGCAGCGCCGUCGCCACCUCCAUGUGGGCCGAGUCCGACUGCUCCCGGUGGCUCGCCGCGCAGCCGCCGCGCUCCGUGCUCUACGUCUCCUUCGGCAGCUACGCCCACGUCACGCGCCGCGAGCUCCACGAGAUCGCCCGCGGCGUGCUCGCCAGCGGCGCCCGGUUCCUGUGGGUGAUGCGGCCGGACAUCGUCAGCUCCGACGACCCCGACCCGCUCCCCGACGGCUUCGCCGCCGCCGCCGCCGCCGACGGCCGCGGCGUGGUGGUGCCGUGGUGCUGCCAGGUGGAGGUGCUCGCCCACCCCGCCGUCGCCGCCUUCCUCACGCACUGCGGCUGGAACUCCAUCCUGGAGAGCGCGUGGGCCGGGGUGCCGAUGCUGUGCUUCCCGCUGCUCACCGACCAGUUCACCAACCGCCGCCUCGUCGUGCGGGAGUGGCGCGCCGGCGUGGCCGUCGGCGACCGCGGCGCCGUGGACGCCGGCGAGGUGAGGGCGAGGAUCGAGGGGGUGAUGCGCGGGGAGGAAGGGGAGGUGCUCCGGGAGCAGGUGGGCAAGAUGCGGGCCACGCUGCACGCCGCCGUCGCGCCCGGCGGCUCGUCGCGCCGCGGCUUCGACGAGCUCGUCGACGAGCUGAAGCGCCGCUGCGGCGGCGGCGGCGGCCGCCAUUGACCCGGCGGGUCAAAGCACAUGUACACGUCAUCGAUACACCGCCAUGCCACGCGUCUCGUAACGUGUCGGGCUCGUAUGAACUAGUAGUAUCAUCGUUCUCGUACGUGCACACACGUACAAGUCCUAGAUUGUAGCCACUGUGCCAGUGACGUGCAGCAGAUGUGUCUAUGUAGAAGCUACUGUAAUUUGGGGAUUUGCUGGGCAGAACCACCCAAAUGUUUGCGAGAACGGAUUGUGUUUCCGUUCAAACUAAGUUUGUUUGAAGCGAUGUGUUUGUGUGUUCAAAUAAAAACACAUUUGAAUUUU